CUUGCCUUUGUGCUCUCUAUAAAUCAGACCAUGGUUUCACACUCCUGACAGAUCUCAGAAGCUAAUAUACCAGAACCAAAGGACACCGCAAUCACAUUUUUGUCCAGAAUGAUCUGCGUCCCUAAGAGGUUGAUUUUGAGAAGACACUUAAUAGGUGCACUCCUGACCUUCCUCUGCAUCAUUUGCCCUGCAUGUGGCACACCAACUCAGAGAGAACUGCAUCAAAUACAGAAGGCUCCUGACCAACAAGGUACUCAAAUUAAAGUUAAAGACACUACAAGCAGAAAACCUGCAGCACAUUUAGAAGCCAAUCCCUUCAUCAGAAACUCGCUAAACUGGAGGAGUGAUCUUGACAACUCCUUCAUUUGUUGUGGGCUGUUACUUAACAACAACACCUUGCAAAUCACCAAGAAUGGCCUUUAUUUUGUGUAUACUCAGGCCACUUUCAUGGGGGACACUUGCCUUGAUGGAAAGUCAAUUUUCCUGUCACAUAGUGUGGUGCUUCAGUCCAAGCAAUUUGGAGAACAGAGUUCCCUGCUGAGUGCACAGAAGACAGCAUGCAGCGAACAUCGUAAUCCAAGAUCCCAUGCAUCAAGUAUGACAUGGAGUAGAUCCAUAUUUUUGGGAGGGACAUUUGCUCUUGCGAAUGGAGAUAUACUAUAUACUGUGACCCAGGGACAAAACCAUCUGACACUAGAGCCUGGAAUGGCUUACUUUGGCCUCUAUGCCGUAUGAGAUUAGGAUACAUGCAAAUAUUUAUUGUUUCUUUCACAUGUAUUUGUACAAGGAAAGAUUAAUUGCAGACAACUUAUAUUUAGAAAGAAUUGAUUAACAUGAUAGAUAAGUGAUUAUGGGCAUGAUUGUGCCAGGUCUCUGAGAGAGCUGGUUCUGAGAAUCGCAUUGCUACAACUGAAUAUGGCCACUGGCAAGUUCUCAGUAACAUGUUAAGGGUUUCUGAACAAUUGCAUGUUUACCCAGUGUUAGGAAGUAUAUUCACUUAAGGAAUAGUUCUAUUUAUUCCUGAAUAUAAUCUAUGGCACAUAACAUACACAGUAAAUUUCAUGUAUUGAGAAAUAAGAAAGAGUAAAUUGCCAAAUUUACAUAAUUAAAAAAAUUGUUUCAUUUUUAGUAUCCCAUAGCAACCAAUCAGAUAAUUGGCUACAUGCUGACAAUUUACUGUGAGUUACUAGAACUGGGACUAUUUUUUUAGGAUGUCUGCCACAUGGUCAGAAGGAUUAAUGAACGUAGACCAAUGAACACACAAGCAGAUGUCAUCCUCAUUUGAGUGCUGAAUUUGUGGACACAAUGUUAUCAAAGACAGCCUUUUUCCAUGGGGCAUAUUUACCAAUGGGUGAAAAAGAGCUUGCCAUAGUUACACAAUGUUUUAUUCAUUUGUAUGGGAUUUUAGGAAGAAUUUUAUGUGAUUUUUUGUAUACCCUUAAAUAUAUAUAUGCUUUUUUAAAUCCUAUUGAAAAUGGACAGAGCUGCAAAAUAUAAACUCACUGUGGUGAGCUCUAUUUCACCCAUUGAUACAUGGCAAAUAAUCCUAUUGGGGUUUUUUAAAUGUUCUUAAGUAA